GAAUAUGAAGAGCUUAGAGCAGAAAAUAAGAAAACGAAAGAAGAGUGUGACAAAAUCAAGCAAGAACGAGAUGAAGCUGUCAAAAAACUGGAGGAGUUUCAGAAAAUUUCUCACAUGGUUAUUGAGGAAGUAAACUGUAUUCAGAACCAUCUUGAAAUUGAGAAGACGUGCCGUGAAAGUGCUGAGGCUUUGGCUUCUAAGCUGAACAAAGAGAAUAAGACCUUGAAAAGAAUUAGUAUGCUUUAUAUGGCAAAACUGGGCCCAGAUAUUAUCACCGAAGAGAUUAACAUUGAUGAGGAUGAUUCAUCCACAGAUACAGAAGCUAACUCUGGAUCAUGCAAUUCUGUGCAUUGUCAGCAGCAAAUAAAAGAGCUGCGAGAUCAAAUCGUAUCUGUUCAUGAGGAAAAGAAGACCUUGGCCAUUGAACUGGAAAACCUGAGGUGCAAACUUGUAGAAGUAAUUGAAGAAGUAAAUAAAGUGAAAGAAGAAAAAGCUGCUUUGACAUCAGAAGUUAAUAAGCAGCAAAAACUGUUGGAGAAAUGUAACAGAGUGUCUGUGCUGGCAGUAGAGGAAUAUGAAGAGCUUCAUGUAAACUUUGAACUGGAAAAGAACCUGCGGAAGAAAGCAGAGUCAUUUGCACAAGAGAUGUUUAUUGAACAAAACAAGAUGAAAAGGCAAAGUCAAUUGCUUCUGCAGAGUUCUGCUCCUGAUCAACAGCUUCUGAAGGCUUUGGAUGACAAUGCUAAGCUAACCCACACAUUAGAAGAAGAGAGGCUUCAACACCAACAAAAGAUCAAAGAAUUGGAAGAGCAGCUAGAGAAUCAAGCUCUGCAUAAGGAGAUCAGUCGUCUUAAACAGCAACUAGAACUUUUGGAAGAAGAUAAAAAGGAGCUAGAGCUCAAGUGUCAGCACUCAGAAGAAAAAGCUAGAGACCUAAAGCAUUCAGUUGAUGAGCUUCAAAAACGAGUUCAGCAGUCAGAAAAUCCUGCACCACCUCCUCCACCACCACCACCUCCUCCUCUUCCUCCUCCCCCUCCUCCUAACCCUAUACGGUCUCUCAUGUCAAUGAUUCGCAAGAGAUCUCACUCCAACACCAACGUGAGCAAGAAGGAGAAACCUCCUCAGCAGGAGUCUGGUGAAGAAGUUACGGAUCUGAAGAGACAAGCUGUUGAAGAAAUGAUGGACAGAAUUAAAAAGGGAGUUCAUCUGAGACCAGUCAACCAGUCAAGCAGGCCUAAAACAAAGCCAGAAACACCAAAGCCCUCUGAAAGUGCAAUGAAAGAAUUAAAAGGGAUUCUGGAAACACUGAAUAAGUCCACUAGUUCCCGAAGCUUGAAGUCCCUUGAAACAGACAGCAGUGAAACAGAGCUGGAGCGAGUGCUGCGGCGCCGGAAAGUGACCACAGACCAGGACAGUGGCAGUCCCACUGGAACCUUGGCCACAUCAGAAUCAAAAUCUCUGCCUGUGCUAGGUUCUGGAGCCAGUGCUGCACAAACAGCCUUGAAAAAGAAAGACCUGGAGAUGCAAUUCAGUUCCCAAGUUCCUGACUCAGGUCCCGCCUCUAACCAGCUUAAGGGUGACACAGGCUCCAAGCCUACACUACAAUCAACUAGUCAUCCAGAAUUCACAAGAAAAGCUUCUAGCAGUGAGGCAGAAUCCGUGGUGGUUUUAGAUCCCAUGUCCACCAGUGGGGAGCAGAUGUCUGAAGCCGCGCUGAGCCAGAACAAAAUGAGAGAAGGAAAAAGCAAGCCCCUGCAUAAAGAAACUGCUGUUGGGAAAAUCAAGGAAACAGACAGUUCUAACUGUUAG